UGCGCCGCAUCUCUCCACUUCGGCCGUCUCCUCCGCCCGGUGCCUCACUUCCAGAUCUGGCGGCGAGGGGCUGGAUUUGGUGAGGAGAGAAGAAGCCAUGGCUGAAGAUCUCUCUCCUUCCACCCACUCAACAGAGAAUCCAUGGGCUGAAAGUGCGUAUACCAGAUCUGGAGCCUUGGCCGCGAGGCCACUGCUCUGCGUCCCUAAAUCUGCCGCUCAGCCGCCGGGAUGGCAGAGAAAGUCGGGCGCUCAGAUCUGCGGACGAGAGGCCGUCCAUGGCCGACCCGCUGCUCCGCAUCUCAAGUCCUCUGGCUCGUCCGUGGCUUCCGGCGACGAGCUGCAGCGUCUCCAUAUCUGCAUCUCGAGUCUUGGCUCGCCAUGUCUUCCGGCGACGAGCUGCAGCAUCUCCAUAUUUGCCGCGGACCGUGGCGGCCACGGUGGGCGGUGGCGGCUUGGGCGGUGGAGAUGGAGCGGAGGUUGAAGAUGGAAGAGGAAAAAGAGAAAUUUCUCUUUUUAAUUUUCCAUAUCACUAUCCACGUGUCAAGUUCUCAUUGGAUAUCAGUAAAUAAGCGCACGCCACGUCAACGCUGAUCUGGCGCUUGCAAACCAUAUUAUUUUCUCUCGAGAGAGAGAGAGGGCUCCCCAUCGACGGAACCCGGGAAAAUGGGAGGAAGAGGAGGAGGAGGAGGAGGAGGAGAUCAAGAAAUCGAUGAAGCGUCCCUUCUUGAAUCUCCUCUGAUCCAAAGCCAUGAUCUCGAGCGUGACGGCGGCGGCGGCGGAAAACCUUCACCCGGCUCGGUUCCAAGGGACGAGCGUCGCGUGAUCAUGAUCGAGGAAUUGAAGCGGCAGGCGAGUCUGUCGGGCCCGCUGAUCGGGGUGAGCAUGCUGCAGUACAGCGUGCAGGUGAUCUCCGUCAUGUUCGUGGGCCACCUCGGGGAGCUCCCCCUCUCCGGCGCGUCCAUGGCCACCUCCUUUGCUUCCGUCACGGGCUUCAGCGUCUUGUUACGAAUGGGAAGUGCAUUGGAGACACUGUGUGGCCAAGCCUAUGGAGCCAAAGAGUAUCAUAUGCUUGGAGUUCACACGCAGCGAGCUAUGCUUACGCUUCUAUGCCUAAGCAUCCCUCUUGCAGUCAUAUGGCUCUACACCUCCGACAUUCUCAUAGCUUUUGGCCAAAACGUGGAGAUUUCCAGGGAAGCGGGAAUUUUCAACUGUUGGAUGAUCCCAAGUCUAUUCGCGUAUGGCCUCCUCCAAUGUCUGAACAGGUUCUUGCAGACGCAAAAUAACGUUCUACCAAUGAUGAUGAGCUCUCUGGUUAUUGCUUCUCUUCACAUAGUCGUCUGUUGGGUCUUCAUCUUUAAGUUUGGACUAGGAAUCAGAGGAGCUGCUUUGGCGAACACGAUUUCGAAUUGGAGCAAUGUGAUUCUGCUGGCGAUUUACGUGAAGCUCUCUCCAGCUUGUAUCAAAACUUGGACCGGUUUCACAAGAGAGGCCUUGCUUGACCUUGUUAGCUUUGUCAAGCUUGCUGUUCCUUCAGCAGUUAUGAUUUGUUUCGAGUACUGGUCCUUCGAGCUGGUCGUUCUUCUAUCAGGUCUUCUGCCAAAUCCGAAACUAGAGACGUCUGUGUUAUCAAUUAGCCUCAACACUUGUUGGAUGGUCUACAUGAUCUCUGUCGGUCUCGGCGGAGCAAUCAGUACGAGAGUAUCGAAUGAAUUAGGUGCGGGCCGCGGUGCAGGGGCACGCUUGGCAUUGCGAGUUAUGAUUGCCAUCGCCAUCGCCAUCACGGAAGGUGCAAUAGUUGGAAUCGUGACGAUUUUGGUACGCCAUGUUUGGGGGAAGCUGUACAGCAACGAAGAGGAAGUUAUUGAAUACGUCGCCAGAAUGAUGCCACUUCUCGCUCUCUCAGAUUUCUUGGACGGGUUUCAGUGUGUCCUUUCAGGGUCCGCAAGAGGAUGCGGAUGGCAGAAUCUCUGCGCUUGGAUAAACCUCGGGGCUUAUUACGUUGUGGCGAUUCCUUGUGCCGUACUGUUUGCGUUUGGUUUCCAUCUUGGAGGAAUGGGUCUAUGGAUGGGGAUCAUAUGCGGACUCUCUGUACAAGUCAUAGCACUCAUAGCAGUGAAUGCGUGUACCAACUGGGAUCGGGAGGCAAAGAAAGCUGUGGAUAGAGCUAAAGCAGUACGAGCACAUUCUGAUGAUGAACAAGAGCAAAGCUAGAUUUGCUAAUAGUCUCUCUAUAAAUAAACAGAUCACUUGCUAUGUAUAGGGUAGAAUUAUAGUGAUUGAGUCCUUUACGAUAUAUAAAUGUUGACAGGCAGAUUUGUAAAUAAUUUUUUUACAAUUUUUACUAUUUAAAUAAUAUUUUAGUUUU